AAUCUUAUUGACAUUUCACAACUUGUGUGCUUUUUCCAUUUAAAUAAGGUAAUUAUUGUCGUCAAGAUCCCUCUCGUAUUACCUCAGGUGUAUGACCUGUAUAGGAUCAUUCCCCUACCUGUUCCCUACGAUAUGUUGAAACCAGAUACCUACGUUCUUAUCGAGCCAACUAGCUCAUAUGUAGCAAUCACAGCUGAUCGCAUGUUUUAUUCACUUAUCGCAGACAUAGACAAGUGCAAGUUAAUAAGUGAUAAGUGUUACGUGUGUGUGUUAACUAAUGUGUUUUCAGCAAUCGCUAACCCUACGUGUGAAACGAUUCUCUUAAGUGAUGUGAUUAGCAAACUUCCUGACAUUUGUGUUACAAAACUUAUUCACGGUUCAAUUGAUCUAUUUCAUAAGUUAACUUUAAAUCGUUGGAUUUUUGUACAAUCUGAACCUGGCAAGUGUCAUGUAACUUGUAAUGAUAAAGACAUAAGUUCUGACGUUAUUUUGUUUGGUACUGGUAUCUUGUCUUUGCCUAGAAACUGUAAGGCUUUUUACAAGACGUUGCAAUUCGCCGCUGUUGGCGAAACAGUUAUUGGAAAUGUAACCAAUAAAAUAUCAAAUUUCAACAUCCUACAAGAUGAUUGUUGUGAGCGAUCUAAGUUAAAUAAAACUCUAGAACGAUUACCUUACUCAAAGUUAAAUAACUUAGAUAAUCUUGAUUCUCUGCUGCAAGCCAGUAUUCACUUGAACUCUUUUGAAGAAGAGAUCAAUAAGAUAGAAAAUCCAUCUCAUUUUCAAAUGUAUAGCACUCACUAUUUGUCUUUUAGUUUAUGCAUCUCGAUGUUAACCUUAUUUUACAUUUUAUAUAAGAGUCGUAAGUUACUUUGUCGUACUAAUGCCCCAUGUUGCAUUCAGAUAUUUAACCAAUGUCAUAACACAAAAAAUAACUCGGUUCCAACCUCUCAAACUGUAUUUCAUGGUGAUACAAUAGCACCCGUCAAUAAGGACGAGUCAGAGUCUAUAGAGGACUUACGAGUGACGCCAACCCCUAUUAAAAGGAAUAUUCUGUUUGGCAAGACUCAUGAUAAUUAAUUUGUAAUGAAUGCACAUGGUUUGUAAUUAAGUAAUAAUUUUCUUUCUUUUCAUAUUGUCAUCUUGAUUUAUCUAGAUUUUAAUAAUUGCUCUUAUUAAUCAAUAAUGUUUAAUUGUUUAAAUACUUUUAUUGUUAACUCUAAUCUGGAUUUCCUUGCAUCCUAAAUAAUGAUAAAUGUAGUUAAUAAUUAUUAUUUUUGAGUAACUUUUCUAUCCUUAACAGUUGUAUUGAUGUCUUUUGAAAUUAGUUGUUAUUUUUGGUGUUUUAAAUAUGUUUCUUUUGUUUAUUGUAAUGUCCGACGUAAAUCCACUUAAGCAUACGCGAUUUAGCAUACAUGAUUUAGCAUACAUCAAUCCUGACAUCUCUCAUCACUUUGAGAUGUGAUGAUCGAUCUUAACGGGGGGGUUGUUAUAUCGAAAUAACCCCUGUUACCAAUAUAAAAUUAAAUUGCUGAGUUUCCCAUUGCAUUGACGUCAAUGCAAUAGGAAACCGAUGUUAUUUUAAUUAGCGAUAAUAAUAUUUCUUCAGUUUUGGAUUGGACUUCCGUCGGGCAACUUUCUUUCUAUUUUCUUGUGAUUCUAAUUAUUUUUCAAUACAUUUUUAUUUUAGCCAAUUAAAUAGUUUUUUUUU